CAUUGGUGUUCCAGUGGAGGUUAUUUUAAGGGGCUCAUGCUGUCAGCUGUUGUCUUAAGUCCUUUUGGAGCCUCCUCACCUCUCUUUUUCACUCUGAUAAAACUGUGGACUGGCUGGUUCAUUGUCCUCCUUUUCUAUUUGAACCCGAACAGACACGUGUAAGCAUAUGAUGGAGGGCAUUGACCAGACCUCUGAGAACACCAAUGAACAAGUCAAUGACCCUGAGGAGCAGCCAGUGGACCCCAUGGAGGACUUCAGCCGGCAGCUAGAGGAUAUAAUCAACACGUAUGGAGUGGCAUCGACCCUGAUGCAGGAGCAGAUCUCCAUCCUGGAGUCUGAGGAGAAAAAGGAAGAGGAGGCAAAGGCUGAUGAAGAAGCUGACCCACAAGAAUCUGGUGCCAGUCCAGAGAAGGAACAAAAGGCUGAUAAGAAACUCCUCAAGGGCCUGGGUAAAGAAGCCGCAUCCUUAUUGCAAAGCCUGAACAAGCUCGGCUCUCCAGAAGAGAAAGUGGAAAUGGUGUUGAAGAAAUACACUGAGCUGGUGGAGGAACACAGGACUGAGAAGAAACAGCUGGAGCAGCUUCAGCAGAGACAGGGUCUUCUGGUCAAGCAGAGAGAUCAGCUUCAGUUCGAGCACAGUCGUGCCAUUCUGGCCCGCAGCAAGCUGGAGAUGCUCUGCAGAGAGCUUCAGAGACAUAACAGGACACUGAAGGAGGAGAGUCUGCAAAGGCUGCGGGAGGAUGAAAUGAAGCGGAAGGAGAUCACCGAUCAUUUCCAGAGCACGCUGGUGGACAUUCAGAAUCAGAUCGAGCAGCACAGUAACCGCAACAACAAGCUGUGCCAAGAGAACAGUGAGCUGGCCAGCAAACUCAAGACCAUCAUAGAGCAGUAUGAGCGGAGAGAACAGACUUUAGAGAAGAUCUUCAAACACAGAGAUCUACAGCAGAAGCUGUCUGAUGCCAAGCUGGAAGAAGCCAACAUGCUCCUCAGUCAAGCUGAAGAGAAGCACAAAAGGGAGAAGGAAUAUUUGCUUAAAGAGGCUAUUGAAAAAACAAAGAAAUGCUGCGCUAUGAAGGAGCAGGAGUUACAGAUGAAGAAACAGCUGGCGUUGUUCCAGAAGUUUGAUGAGUUCCAGAACACACUAGCAAAAAGCAACGAAAUUUACAUCACUUUCAAACAGGAGAUGGACAAGAUGACAAAGAAGAUGAAAAAGCUGGAAAAGGAGUCGGACAUAUGGAAGACACGGUUUGAAAGCUGCAAUAAAGCUCUUGUUGAAAUGAUUGAUGAGAGAUCAGAAAAGGCCAAAGAGUUUGAACUCUUCACUUUGAAAAUCGACCGUCUGGAGACUCUGUGCCGAGCACUGCAGGAUGAAAGAAAAAGUUUAUAUAGCAAGAUUAAAGAAAUACGGUCCUCAGAAAAGGUUCUAGCAGCUGCAGUGGAUUUGCCACAAGUAGAUGAGCUUCCAGAGCUUGUCCAACUUCCCAAGUUAGCUCCCAACCCCAUGUUCUUUGUGGCUGGUGAGGGUGGCAUCUGUGGCUGUAGUGGGUCCAGAAGGUCUUAUGACAUGCCUUACACGAUUCUGAGCUCAAUUGAGUGGACACACUCUGGCUUUUAA